CCCACUUUGGGGGAAACAAAGAUUUAUCAACGCCACCAGAACGGACAACCGCCUGGGCACUACUGAUCGACACGGCUUAUGUGUCGUAUCAUCCCUCGUGAGCUGCGGAACUUCUCAGCACCACCUUGUAUCGUCUAGAGUGCCUGCGCACGCCUUUCCGUGGUCUCUCUUUCUUCGUAGUAUGAGAGCCCGAGUCUCUUCACUAAACCCUGAUCCGCCUCCCGAGUCUACUGGAGGAACGUAUCAAACAUUCUAUCGGCCAGAAAGCUGAUUGGAGUUUAAUACCACGAAAAUACAACUACACUACGAACCGUUCCAAGAGAACCAUAAACCCGUCAAAAUGGCACCCAAAGGCAAGAACAAGAAGAAGGGCGGUGACGACUGGGACGAGGGUCUCGGCGAGACAGCCGAACCUGUCGCCAACCAGACCCAGGAUGCCGAGGCGUCGAACGAUGCCAACGACGAAGAUGCCGCCGGUGGAGGCGGCUUCAUGGCGAUGCUGAAGCGGAACAAAGAAAAGCGUAAAAAGAAGGGCAAAAUCGUAGACGACGAUGGACCGGAGGGCGAAGACCCUUCGGAAGAUGCGCCAGCCGCAACCCCAGCGGUGGAUCUCGCCGCGAAGGCCCCUGUCGAGGCCAACAUGGAUGACGAGGACGUUUUCGGUCAACCGGUGAAGGGCAAGAAAGGUGGCAAAGGAGGCCAGAACCAGGCUAAGAAAGGCGCUGCUGCUCCUGCCGACGACGAUGAUGGCGAGGAAGACGAUGGCGCCACUGGUGGCCGUGUGAAGACCAAGGCCGAAAAGGAGAAGGAGAAGAAAGAGCGUGAGAAGCAGCGGAAAAAGGAACAGGCGGCCGCAAAGAAGAAGGCAACUCCGGCUCCAGCCAAGAAGGAGGAGGCCAAGGUUGUGGAAGAAGUCGCCGCUGCCCCGGCCGCAGACUCUCUAGCUGCGCCAGGUGGAAAGAAGAAGAAAUUGAGCCCAGCGCUUGCGCUCCUCCAGAAACAGCAGGAAGAGCUGCGAAAGCGGCAGGAAGAGGAGAGACUCGAGAAGGAGAGAUUGGCAAAUCUAGAAGAGGAAGAACGAAAGCGAGAAGAGGAGGAAGAAAAGAAGCGGGAAGAGGCUAAAGCUGCGAAGAAAGCCAAGGAAAAGGCCAAAGUGGAGCAGAUGAAGCGGGAGGGCACAUACAAGACCGAGAAGCAACGCAGGGAUGAGGCUCAGCAGAAGUUGCGCUUGCAACAGAUGCUUGAGUCGGGUGCCAAGGUUGCUGGUAUCGAAGGCGAUGUCGAAGUGAAGAAACCUUCGAUCAAGGACCAGCGCAAGAAGAAUCCCCGCAAGGAGGCUGAGGAGCGCAAGGCUCAGCAGGCGCGGGAAGAGGAAGAAGCUCGGAAGAAGCUCGAGGAACUGAAGCUACGCGAAGAGGAAGAAGCACGAAAAGCCAAGGCCGAAGCAGAAGCCCAGGAGCUUGCGAAGCAAGCGCAACCUGAUGAGGAAGACGAGCUCGAAGACUGGGAGGCCAUGGCCGAGAAGGAGGACGAAGACGUCAAAGACAGCUGGGAUGUCGAAUCUGGCGCGGAGGACCAAGACGCAAAGAAGCCCGCAGCUAAGUCAACGAAUGGGAAAGCGGCGGCGAAGGAUGAGGACUCUGAUGAAGAGGAUGAUUCCGAGGACGACUCAGACGAUGAAUCCUCGGAAGAAGAACAGACCGUGGCACAGAGACAGGCGGCACAGCGCCGACAGCUCGCAGCCGACAAGAGAAAGGCCGAGACCGAAGCUGCCCGCGCUGCAGCCUCGAAGGACAAUCUACGAUCACCUAUUUGCUGUAUUCUCGGUCAUGUCGAUACUGGUAAGACGAAGCUGCUGGACAAGAUUCGACAAACCAACGUGCAGGAAGGCGAAGCCGGAGGAAUUACCCAGCAGAUCGGUGCCACAUAUUUCCCCGUCGAUGCGCUACAGAAGAAGACUGCGGUCGUCAACCAGGAUGGGGCUUUCGAGUUCAAGGUCCCUGGUCUAUUGGUCAUUGACACCCCCGGUCACGAGUCUUUCACCAAUCUGCGAUCACGUGGUAGUGGACUGUGUAACAUUGCCAUUUUGGUCGUCGAUAUCAUGCACGGUCUGGAGCCUCAGACUCUAGAAUCGAUGAAGUUACUCCGAGACCGCAAGACGCCCUUCAUCGUUGCACUGAACAAGAUCGAUCGACUCUACGGCUGGAAGGCGAUCGCCAACAACGGUUUCCGAGACUCUUUGAACCAACAGAACCGCGCCGUCCAGAACGAGUUCCGAGACCGGUUGGAGAAGACCAAGCUUGCAUUUGCAGAGCAGGGUUUCAACUCUGAGCUGUUCUACGAGAACAAAUCGAUGGCGAAAUAUGUGUCCUUGGUGCCGACAUCUGCUCAUACCGGAGAGGGUAUCCCCGACAUGCUCAAGCUUUUGGUUACUUUGACCCAAGAACGCAUGACUAACCAGCUCAUGUACUUGUCUGAGGUCGAGUGUACUGUAUUGGAAGUCAAGGUCAUUGAAGGUCUUGGUACCACCAUUGACGUUAUCCUUUCCAACGGUAUUCUGAAUGAGGGCGACCGAGUCGUGCUAUGUGGUACUGAAGGAGCCAUCACGACGGAUAUUCGAGCGCUAUUAACUCCGGCUGAGAUGAAGGAGUUGCGUGUGAAAUCUCAAUAUGUCCACAACAAGACUGUCAAGGCUGCGUUGGGUGUCAAGAUUGCCGCCAACGGCCUCGACACGGCUAUUGCUGGUUCUCGAUUGCUCGUCGUCAAGGACAAGGACGACGAGGAUGAGAUUGAGGAAUUGGAAGAGGAUGUCAUGGGCGAUCUCGAAAACCUCAUGAGCCGUAUCUCCAAGAGCGGUCGUGGUGUCACGGUUCAAGCUUCGACUCUUGGUUCGCUCGAAGCGUUGCUCGAGUUCUUGCGCGUAUCGAAAAUCCCCGUCGCCAACAUUUCGAUCGGUCCCGUCCACAAGCGCGACGUCAUCACCGCUUCGACCAUGCUGGAGAAGAGCAAGGAAUACGCGGUCAUGCUCUGUUUCGACGUCAAAGUCGACAAGGAUGCCCACGAGCUUGCCGACCAGAUGGGCGUCAAGAUCUUCACCGCCGAGAUUAUCUAUCACCUGUUCGAUAACUUCACGCAACACAUGGCAGCCCUCAAGGAGCAGAAGAAGGAAGAAAGCAAGAUGCUUGCAGUCUUCCCUUGCGUGCUCCGGACCGUAGCUGUCUUCAACAAGAAAGACCCGAUCGUCAUCGGUGUCGACGUCGUCGAAGGAAACCUCCGCAUCAACACGCCCAUCGCCGCCGUCAAGGAGAACCCCGUCACCAAAGCCAAGGAGAUCGUCAGUCUCGGCCGUGUGACUUCAAUCGAACGCGACCACAAGCAGUUACCCAACUGCAAGAAGGGAACACCCUCCGUCGCGAUCAAGAUCGAAGGCGCGAACCAGCCCAUGUACGGACGCCAGCUCGAAGAGAAGGACGAUCUCUACUCGCAGAUCUCGCGAAAGAGCAUCGACACGCUGAAGGAGUUCUACAUGGAUGAGGUGGAGAAGGACGAGUGGAAGCUGAUUGCGAAGUUCCUGAAGCCGAAAUUCGAUGUUGCGUAGAUGAUGGGCGAACGCUGGCGGUUGGAAGUGUCCUUGCCGGGAGUCGAGAGACAAAGCUGGGAGGUCGAGGGGAUUUUAUUAAUGGAAUAGUUCGGUACUAGCUAUGGGGGGGGAUGACAUGAUAUACACGUAAAACUGCUUCCUUUCAGCCAUUCAGAUUUUCCUACCUCGCAUGAUAUAGCACGCUCAGAGGUAAUUUGUACAAACCAGCCCAUUGGAUUGAAGAGACAACAUAAUCCGAGUUCGUUACUC